UUUCAGCGGGUUGGCAAUAUUGAAAUGUACAAAUUUACCUAUUUUACCUAUUCUCAUCCAAAGUCAUAACUACAAUAAUUCACAGGAGUGCUGCAACGUUUCCCCAUGAAUCCAACUGCCUCCAGGUCUAAUGGGAAGUGGAUGAAUUGUUUCAGCUCUGCAGGAUAAGUAGUUCCUUACUAUACAGUAGCUGCUGGAAGUAAAAAAAAUCUGUAAUAUCCACAAAUAUUUCCUAAUUUGAAUGGUUUUAGGAAAAGAAACCUUUUAGGGUGGUUGGGAUCUUAAAACAUAAAAAAAAUCAUCAUCAUAAAAUCAUCUUAAAACAUAUACAUAAGCACUCUGAAGAAAGGUUUUCAGUUAGAUACGCUAUAUUUUAUCACCCAACCAUAUAAUAACACUCUACUCUUGACACAUUUUUUGUCUGAUUGAUCUGAUCUUGCUGCUUUGCGUGUUUUCUGCACAAACCCGAAUCUUUGAGCGAUAGUUCAAGUCAACAAUCACAAGUCAAAAGAGGGAGCAUAGACUGGAUGAGACACAGAAGGUUUCUACAAUUAACUGUGUUCUCCAGCGCAUUCCACAGCUGAACACAGAACAAAGCGCUUAGGGGGAGAAAUGCUGGAAAAUAGGAUUCAGUGGCUGCUGCUGUAUCAAAGGGGAAAUGCAUAACAGAUGAGAGGGGCUUGCUCCCUCCCCUCUCACCUCCCUGCAGAGCAGCUCUCCAACACGCUACCUCUGGGUAAAAAAACAAAAGUGUUAGGCCACCUUAAAGUGCUGUCGGAAAUAUAAAUAUGAAAUAUUUACAUCACGUCCUAAUAAAGUGCUAUUAAUUACAGAUUUUAAGAACUGUUAAAAAAUCAUCAAAAUGUAUACAGUACAAAACAUUGAGCAAAUGACCCAUUUGUUGGGUUGAAUAAAUGGAGACGGCAUAACAUUUAAACGUUUUGUUUGGGUAUGUGCGUAUAUAUGUAACAUAUAUAUAGUAUGUAACAUAUAUUUCUCACAUUUAACGAAUUAACAAAAAAAAUAGACUUAUAAGUUAAAAAAGCAAUGAGGUUAAAGAUGCCAUUUGGGAUGCCAAGAGUGCCUAUUAAUAAUAAAGCAAAAAAAUAAUUAACGUAUUGAUAAACUCUACGAGCAGUAAGAUUACAGAGUGUUCACCUACAACUUCGCGGACAAAACAGUGGGCGAAAAUCCGAGCCGCGCCUGAACACCUCAGCAGUAGUUGACUGGAAGGGAUGGAGCUGCGACGCUGGUGUUGUUCUCUCCGCCGAGCAUUCAUAUUAACUGUCAACCCGGCUGCUCGGGACGCUCUGCACGGAGGAGCUCCCUAAAUGGACUACGCACGAGCCUCUUCGCACGAGCCCAGGAGAAACAGGAAGAACGGCCGCUCACCUUUCCCUCCGACCGAAGCGCGCGCGGGGUCUCCGUGGGAGAAACGCGUCCAUUUACUAUUUGGACAAGUAGUUAAUUAAGUCGUAAUUAAUUAGUAAUUACAAAGGCAGUACUUGCGCCACCGCCGCUGUUUGCCUGUCUGCUGCUAGGCUAAAUUUAGAAGGAACCACCGGAGGACUCCGUAGCCUAGUGUUUAUUCAGUCCAGAGUUUUUUUGUUUUGUUUUUUUAUUUUUUAUUUUUUUAUUUUCCAGCAACACCUUGGAUUUCAGUCAUUAUUACGGAGCAAGCGUGGAGCCGAGGACAAGGUCUAACCAAUUCAAAACAGACAGAAAUCUGAGAAAGAGAUGACCCUCGUUUUGUCCAUGAAUCCUUUCCUGGACCCCGAAGGAGACCCUCCGCCCUAUCACCCCAUAUGGGAGAGUGAGCGGCACACAAAGACCUGCCUGUCAAACCCAGCGCCACCAUGCAGCUCUGAAGAGCAAUUCACGCAAGCAGUACCCCCUUGUAGACGAGUUCCAGAUCAUGUGUCAGUGUCACAAAUUGCAUACUUCAAGAGGAAGUUUGUUGAUGAUGAUGAUGAACCUCCCUUCAGUUUCAGGACGUACUGCCAGAGUGUCGCCUCUGUUUUGGAGGAGCGUGCCCAUGUGCUGCGUCUGUCCUUGGAGAAGAUGAGAUUUAUCGACGACCCUGAGGCCUUUCUCCGUCGCUCUGUCCUCGUUAACAACCUCCUGCGUCGCCUGCGAGCAGAGAUCCUGCUCCAGAGCACUGACUGGUGCUUCCCGCCAAAUCCAACAUUUGCCACGGGGUCCUGUGUCCUUCCACCCAGCAACAACCCAGCCCACCAACCAUUUCAAGGAGCAGUACCCGCCCGGAUUUGCUUAUCACCCCAAGCUGGACCGCCCUUCCGUAAGCGCUUCCGAAUGGUCCGUGGAGGACAGGGGGAUCUACGUCCUGACUGUGCACAGACAUGCUGCUGUAUUUAUGCAGUGGCAGCAGCUGCAGGACAUUACCUGCACUUCCCAUUCUCCAUGUAUAAUGCAGCACUCUCUACCUGCUCAUCCACUCCACACUCUUCCUCCUUUGUUCAACUUGCUAGCCAUAGUAGGUUAGGGCUAACAAUGGCUGUAGAUGAUGAGGAAGAGGAUGUUGACGAGGAGGAGGAAAAGGAAUAUGAGGAAGAAAGAGAAGAGGAUGAGGAAGAGGAAGAAGAUGAAAGAAGACCAGCAGGGCCUUCUAUUGAUGUUGUUAAAGACAAGUUAAGACAGAAGACUGGUGUUAUACUAGGUCAUGCAAACACAAGGACAGAAGAGGAGACCUGCAUGAAAGAAAAGUUAGAAGAAAAGGAUGAGGGAGAGCAUGAGGAAAUGAGGAAGAGGACGAAGAAGAUCCGAUUGUGAGACCUUGUCAGUGGGACUCAGGAGGAGAGCUUAACAAAGUUAGCUUUUUCCACCGCAGGGACUCAGACAAUGACAAGCUUUAUGAGAAGUUACUUGUAUUUUAUGAAAAUGUACAAUUGAUGACAGCUGUUUUUAGCUCUCCUCAGAAAAUGAAGUUGAGGUCUACUUACACCAUUAUAAUACCAAGUCAGCUUUAUUUUUGGUAUAACUUACACAUACUCUUUAAACUUUAUUUCAGGAUGAGAAAACUAACCAGUACUUUGAGUUUGUUGGCAAUGAAAAUAGGGGAAGUUGUAGUUUUAUAUGGUGGGAUCCUAAAUCCCAAAGCUGAAGUGAAGCUUGCUAUUGCACUGUCUCCAAGACCAUGUUCAGGCUCCACAGCACAAAACUAACAGUCUCAAAUGGGGCUUUAUACAGUAUUUGUGCAAUGAUCUCGAUUCAUGACCCUAAACAAGCCUAUGAAAUGAAGGGUUGUGGAUUUCCAAACGUGUGCUUCUGUAUGUGUUUACAAGUUAUGAUGUAGCAUUUUAAAACUUGAUUUGAAGAUGUUGUUAUUCAUUUUAAACACUGGUUACACGUUCUUGUGUACCUGUUGACUUUGACGCUGUCUCAGGCAAAGGCAAGUUACUGUGGUGCAGCAGCAGUAAGAUGUGUAUUCUUCAUAGUAUUUAAGGGACAACAAUCAUAAAAAAUGGAAAUGUUAAAUGACAAUUUCAAGUGCCUUAGUGUUUUUAUAGACACAUGUAUAUUAUGUAUAACCGUAAAGUAGUGAUUCCAAGUGACUGCGUUUGACUAAAACAGGGCCUGUACAGUAAUUAAAUACAGUAUUUUUGUUUUCAAAUGGUGAGCAGAUGAACAAUUUGACAAACCUUUCCCAGCUAAAACAUGUUCUGUCCUGCUAUACACCAUAAUGCAUGUUUUCCAGAACUACAGUAUCUGUCCAAACAAACACAAAGCCAACAUUUGUGCAAAAGGCAUGAAAAACCUUUUGCAGUGUGGUUUGGUUGCUCUGUUCAUUUAAACUAAGGGUUUACAAAAACAUUUGUAAAGUAAAAUGAUCAUACUAUAAACUGUAAAAUGAUUUGACAGAUUUAGAAGCCAUCAUAACUGGAAACUCUAGACACAUAUUCCUAUAUGCUUUUGCAUUUUCUCCUUAACCAUUUUCUUAGUGAUCAGAUGUUAAGUCACUGAGAGAAAAGGAAUGUUCAUUAACUCACAAUUGACCUUUAAUUAAACUAUUGAUAACAAACAAGUAAAUAGCAGGUAUGAAUUAUUGGACAUUUGUCCCAUAGCAAGUAAAUUACUUAGACUCAGCGUCAUAAGAUGUCAAAAACCUGACUGUUAUUUGUACAGAUGGAAAUUUUCACCCACCUGUUUUAUAAAAAGUAUCCUUCAAAGAAAAGAUCAACAUUUUGAUUGGCAUCAGAAGAAAUCCAAGCUCUGCUAAUGCUAAUCAUUUAGAGAAACUGACAUACAGGAUGUCACAGUCUUAUCAAAGCACAGUAUGACCUGCCUGUGUUUCCUGACUAUCCAGUUCCUGUAAAACAUCAAGCGAGGCUGACUGAAACGCCUUGGCUGCAGACCAUUGUUACUGCAGCAGUUACAGUAGGCUGAGGGCAAAUGGUGUGUACGUAUACAGUAUAAUAUGUCAUUUUAUAAUAAAACAGAGCUUUAAGAUCAGCCACUCUAGGACAUGAACUUCAUUAUAUACCAACCGAUUCUUAUUGACAUACAGUAGUGGAGCCUUCCUGUUAUAAUGGUUGUUUGUUUGAAGAAUGCAGUCCACACCCUAAAAAUCAUCACAAACCAAAGUUGUUUUGUAAAACCGGUAAUAUUAGUCAACCGUGUUUGUUUUUGUUUUUUUGUGUGAUGUGCCCAAUGGCACACGUUGCACAAGGUGGAUGGUUAUCUGUUGGUUUGCUGGGUGGAUUAUUCCUGUGUUGACUCCUGUGUUUUUUCCUUUGGCCAUAAAAAACAGAUCAAAAACA